AUGCCAACCGUUUUCUCACGAUUCUACUCCGCCUCGCAAAGUUUUAUGUCGGCUCAGGCUAUUGGAGAAGAUUUGGCUCUGGCACUCGAUCUGGCACCAGACAUUCAUCCUCCUGAGUGCCUGCUUCAGCUGAAUCUUCCUGCAUCCUCCAAUUCAAUACGAAGUUCUGCUCACCUAAGACAGGGUGAUGCUGCGAGUGAAUUACUUUCUUUUACUAUUGCUUUAUAUCGAACCGAUUUUCCUUAUGACCGUCUGUUUUGGGUCAAUCUUUACAUUGUUCAUUUUUUUUGGAAUCAAUGA